AUGGGUCAUCACUGCUGCAGCAAACAGAAAGUUAAGAGAGGGUUAUGGUCUCCUGAAGAAGAUGAAAAGCUCAUCAAACACAUCACCUCCCAUGGCCAUGGCUGCUGGAGUUCUGUCCCUAAACUCGCAGGGCUACAGAGAUGCGGAAAGAGUUGCAGAUUGAGGUGGAUAAACUACUUGAGACCCGAUCUGAGAAGAGGUUCAUUCACUGAACAAGAAGAGCGAACGAUCAUUGAUGUUCAUAGGAUACUGGGGAACAGGUGGGCUCAGAUAGCGAAACAUCUACCAGGUAGAACAGAUAAUGAAGUCAAAAACUUUUGGAAUUCUUGCAUCAAGAAGAAACUUAUUGCUCAGGGUUUGGAUCCAAACACUCAUAACCUUCUUUCUGCUCAUCAGAUCCCCAUUAAUCUUAAUGCUAACAACACUAAACAUAGCGAUCCUACAAAGCCACUUUUCUCCAUUAUCAACAAUACCUCAUCACAAACAAAAGAUUCAAAAAGGUUCAAUCCUCUUAAACCUCAUUUGUCCAUAGACACUACUGAUCCUGUAAUGAGUCAAAACUUGUACGAAAACACAUUAACCCACCAAAGCUCCAACCUUAAUUACCAAAACUACAACAACAAUGUUAGCCAUGAUCAAUCGACAAUGGGGUUUUCAAGCCAACAGUUAGUUGAAAGUACUAAAACGCCCAUCUUGUUGCCUCUUCCUUCUUCCUUAAAUCCACUUGAUUUUGGGAAUAUGGGUCAACCAUGGUGUGGUAACAGUAAUCUUGGAGUAGCCUUUGAGAACACAAGAACACAAGAAGAGUUUCAAGAAAUGAUGGUGAGUCAAGGUGGUAUGACUCAGGAGUUUGUGAACAAGGGUUUGGAUUUGAGGAAUAAUUGUGAAGUCCAGAAUCAAACCAAUAUAGAUAUGACUUCUUUUGAUGGGUGUAACAUUGACUUAGAGUUCAUGGAAGCUGCACUUAUUCCUUGUGGAAUGUACUCUAAUGGCGGAUCUUUGGAUCAUCUUGCAUGGGACUGUAACUAG